AUGUCCUUGCCAGAUGAUGCCUCCCACUCCAAAGAAGAAGAGCACGAGGUUUCAGAGCUGAAUAUCGAUGCCGAAAUGAUCAUGGAGUCGAUUGUUCGCGUUUCAUUUGCAGGCCUUGGGGGUAGUUUAGUGGGCCUCGGCCAGAAGCGAAGACUGGAGACAAUGCGUGUGCUAACUGGGGCAGCUGCAACAGCAGCGGCUAGAAGGAGGCGCUCUCCUAUGACAUCACAGCUGAACAUGCCUUGGACAAUGGCACUUUCUUGCAUGGCAUUUUGUGGUGUUGUUGAGACUUGCCGGCUGACUUCACCGUCGUCCAUCGUUUUACAAUCGUUGGAAAGCCGCAAAAUGGAACCUUUCGGGAAAUCUGAGGCUUCACGGUCGGCAGCAAUCACGAUAUCGGAUUUUACGAUUGGUGGAGCAGUUGCAGGUAUUGCAGGAAGCUUUGGAAAAACAUCCCAGAAGAGAAUUCCCGUUGCAGCAUUACGGGGCUCUGGGCGAUUCUUUGGUUUCGGUCCUGGUCUCGCACUCGGGAUGAUUGCCGGGGCAUUCCAAGCCGCGGCCGACUACAGCAUCAACUAUUUGGAGAUGACAGCAGCACUAGAGAAGGAAACGUUGGCGAAGCCGCAGGUUUCAGAAGAGAAUGUACACUAA